AUGUCACACACCUUCGAGAUGAACGGAAAGUCUCCUCUUCUAUUCCUUCCAGAGCAUCUUCUUAUUUUAUUUUUGAAUAAGGCCUCUUUCGAUGGAGCUGAUAUGGACGAGAUCAUGAACGAAGUCAUGGGCACUCGUCCAUUGUUCCUUCCAAAACCGCGCAAUGAGUCCGAGAUCUUGAAAAGCGUUCUUCUCAAAGGGCAGUUUCCUUUCACGCUUAAAGGUUACUUCAAGUUUGGUUUCCAGCCUUCUUUCCAGUGGAUUUCUACGCAGAGUCGAGACCCAAACCGCGGCGAAGAUUCAGUCCUUGUCGGCUUUGCAGGGCGACAUAAAUCAGAAGGGGAUACCAAAGAUGGUCUGAAUAUCUUGAAGUUGUUUUUACAUCAGACACUUCACGCUGUCAGGGCUUCUUCAGCUUCUGACCCGUCUCCACGACCUCCUAUCGACCACUUGGUCGAAUGGAUCAAAUGGACCGCAGAUUCACUGUUUUCCGACGAAUUCCGAGAUGGCAUCUGUGACAUUAUUGGGAUGCUGUGCAAGAAUGGUUGUGUGAUUGAUCUUUAUCAAGAUCGCUUUGGGGCCCAAGGUCAUCCAGAAACAGGACCCGACAACGCAGUCGAGCUUGCAAUGCAAUCCUACUGCCCUAGCUCUCUCCUUGAGAACUUUCUCAUGUACCGCCCAGCUAAGGAAGGGCCUUUGACCGCUAGGAGCAAGCUCUGGAGACGUUUCGGUUCUGAUCUGCCUCGAGGAACACACCGCGCUGUGUCAAACAUGGAGUGGAUCGUCGCCGGUAUUCACACCCAGUUCUACGGCCGAAAGAUUGGUCCUUUCACUGGCUAUGGUGAGAGACUCAAGGGACUUGACUACCCCGAAGGUAUUGCUGAAGUCUACAAGAUCAAAGCUUAUUUGCUUUCGAACGACUAUUGUACCGAUGAGGUUGAAAGGGAGGCCCUGAACAAUCUCGCCGAGGCGGUCACCAAUAUCCAAGCGAUGUUGCCAUUCACUGGCCGUCUUCAACAUGGUGAGGAGAGCGAGGAUGAAGGUUUGUUCCGACUCUACAGCGCUGUGUCAUGCCUCGCUUCCGACUCUUACAAAAAGGAAUGUGAGAAGCUGAAUGAGGAGUUUGGCCCACGACGCCACCAAUUCAUCAUCAAUGACCGGUUUGAUCCUCGAGUUGAAUGGAUGAAGUACACGGCUGACGUCAAAAUACCCGAGUUGCAGAGUGCACCGGGAAAGAAGUUUCGCGAUGAGGCCCUCGAGAUCUGGCGGCGACUAAUCAUUGAGCGUGGUGACAACCGCCGAUGGUGGGAGAUUACGGAGCAGGAUAAGUGGUUCGUUCCUAUCGAAGAGGUCAAGUCUGCACUCGGAGCCGCCAAUCCAUCUGCUGCAGAUUCUAUGGGCUUGUAA